AUGGCAGCGGCGCCGCCACGGCCUGGCGUGUAUCCCAAUCUUGUCAGAGGCCACGUGGUCAUCCUCAUUGACAGCUCGUGCGCCGCGACGCGCGAACAGAUUUGGGCGUGGCUCAGGGCAGCGUACGCUCGCGCGGCCGCGGUGUCGGCCAGAGGCACGCUCGCACCCCCGCCCGUGCUCGUGUUGGCCGUGCGACCCGCCUCCGCGCCGCCCGCGGCGCGCGCUCGGGUUGCGGCAAACGUUGAUGCGGUGGUCUUGUGGGUGCGGCGCAUGCGGCGGCCGGGCGCCGCGACGGCAGCUGCUGCGGGGGCCGCGUCAGGUGGCGGUGCCUGCGACGCGCCGCGCCGGGUUCGCAUGGCGCCGCCCCUCAAGUUCGCAGUGAUAUCGCAAGGCAACGGCAGCAGCGGCAGCAGCCGCAGCAGCAGCAGCAGCGGUCCCAAGCUAUUCAGGGGGCUGAGCCUACAGGUGGAGGACGCUUCACCCUGGGGCGCGGCCGGGGUGCUUUCGCGCGGCAUGCUGGCCCAGCUCUCACUGUGA